AUGAAAUUGCUGCUCUUACAGUCAAUUAUACAGAUAAUAGCCAUUCCGGUACUCUCACAAACGAUAACGUUACAGAAGAAUAAGAACAAUAAUGUUACACAAGUAGGUGCGAUCGAGGAGAAUACUGUCUUUGUAUUUAACGCCAAUGCUGCUUCACAAACGUUUUUGUUGGAGCUUCCCUCAUCAUAUCUAGUUUCACAGGAAACAACAUCGUCGACUUCAUCACAUAAUGAUUCAUAUUUGGUUGCCGAUCUAUUGGAAGGCAACUUUCCAACAUCCACUUACACAAUGAGGAACUCAUCAGGGAACAGUACUUUAUCAUAUCCAAUUACUUCUACAUCUGCAAGAUAUAUACAGAACCGAACAUCUUCCGUUCAAAGUGAAAAUUCUUCAACGACAAGUGAUUACAAGAAUACGUCAAGUUCCUCAGUACCACUUUCAAUAUCCACAAAGCACUCGGAGAAAACAACAUCUGACACAGUUAACCAAUCUGAUGGAGCAGGCGCAACAGGAGUUCCAAUCCUGUGUUUAGCAAUAAUCAAUCUGGCUUACUUCUUUUAA